CACAGACAAUGUGAAACUCGGGAGUGGAUUCUUUUGGUGUUCGGUGUUGUGUUCUGCUGCAAAAUAAGUCAACAUUUAAAGCCCCUCCUGGACGCCUGCGCUUGUUGUUUGGCUCAAGAAAAUAAUUUUAAUUGAUUGACGAUGGGGGCGCUGUCGAGCAGACCGAGCGCGGGGGUGGAGGAAGUGGAUAUUGCUUCGAACCACGCAUACAAAUAUCCUCCUAGAUCCGGGAACUACUUUGGAAGUCAUUUCAUAAUGGGGGGUGAACGAUUCGAUACGCCACAACCAGAAGCAUAUCUGUUUGGAGAAAAUCCAGAUCUGAAUUUCCUGGGAAGCCGACCAACUGCGUUCCCAUAUCCCCCUCCUCAAGGCAAUGAGCCAACCAAGACACUCAAAAGUCUGAUAAAUAUAAGGAAAGAAUCUUUAAGAUUUGUUCGGUGUCCUGAUGCUGUUGGCAAAGUUGAAGAAACUGAUGGGGAUGUUGCUCCCAAGUCAACUCAAUUCAAUAUUGAAUUCACGUUUGACUGUGAUGCCAAGUGUGGUAUCACUAUAUACUACUUUUGCAGUGAAGAAGUCACUGCUGAUGGGAUUGUUUAUACACCAAGAGAUCCAUUAAUGAACUCAGAAACCUAUCAUUACAAAAGAGGUGCCAAUCAACAAUUUUCUCAAGUGUCUCACGUUUUUGAUCCAAGUCCGUACAAUGAUGGUGAAUUGAUCUACAACACAGAGAGAGAAAUCAUACCAAUUGCAAUUCACUGUGUUGUUGAGGAAGGGAUUGAAGAGCCUAAGCAGUCUCAUACUACAAUAGCUGUGAUAGAUCGUCACUCAGAUGGAUCAUAUGUCUUGAAAGCUCUCAAACAAAAACUUUAUGUUGAUGGUCUUUGCUACCUGUUACAAGAAAUCUAUGGCAUAGAAAAUAAAAACAACGAUAAUAACAAGUCAACUGCUGAUGAUGAUACAGAGGACAAUGGCUCAGAAUGUGUGAUAUGUAUGAGUGAUGUACGAGAUACUUUGAUUCUACCCUGCCGUCAUCUGUGUCUUUGCAACAAUUGUGCUGAUUCCCUCCGUUACCAAGCUAAUAACUGUCCCAUAUGCCGAGCUCCUUUUAGGGCCUUACUUCAAAUUAAAGCCUUGCAGAAGGCGUCUGCGAAUGGUCUAUUACAGUCAGUACCGGCAGAGGGAAACUUAGACAACAUUCCACCUGGUUAUGAAGCAGUGUCAUUAAUAGAAGCUUUAAAUGGCCCUUACACCACAAGAACAAUACCUGCGGUUACAUCUCAAGAUCUUUCAUUACCGGAUCUUCCUGAUCUAGAUGGCCCAACUCAGGCAGCUGAAAUUCUGAACAGAACAAACUUGGAACACACACCAAAAUCAAAUAAACUUCAUAACACAUUGGAUGAUAAUUGCGAAGGAGCCAAAGGAACUAGCCGAUCAGUGUCUGAUUCUAGAUCGUGUCCAACUCCAGAGUUCCGCAUGUCGGUGCUUCUGGCGCGAGAAAUGGAAAGCAUAAAGGAACAGGGUAAAUCACCAAGAUCUGGUCGUCACAGUGCCCGUACAGGGGUUAGAGAUAAGAGUGCUCUGCGGCCAAGAGAUACAAUAAGACAUAUCAAUGAAAAAGCUGCAGCUGCAGCAGUAGCUGCCAUGGACACUGAUGAGUGCCAAGAUGAAGACAGUGAGGCAGAAAAGCUGUCCCCUUUGUUGGAUGCAGCCACCAGCACAGAUCCUUCACCUCAGGACUCACCAGCCGUGUGUGUCUCCGCUACAGUGGACAUUGAGGAGGUGGAGGAUGGCUCUGAUGACCUAGAUAUCAAGGUUGAUGGAUAUGCAGCUGCAUUUGCUGCACCAUCUCCUGUACCAGCAGCUCAAUGUCGGAGCAAUAGCAUCAGAAAUGGACCAACAACUGAGGGAGACUGUAGUGGUCUCGUUGUUGGGGGAGAUGACUCUGACUACUACACCCCUGAGGACCCAGCCACCACCAUUCUUAGCCCCCUACAUAACAAUGAAAAGGAACGAGGUUUGUCUGGAAUCUCCUGCAACACUGUACCAUCUUCAGUGGAGAGCACUCCUGGGCGGUGGAUUGGGUCUCGGGAAGGUCACUUGGCAGGGAUAGGCUCUCUCCCUGGCACACCCCUCUCCUCUGCCUCGCACUUUAGCAAUCGCAGCAGUAACGACAGCUACAGCAGCAGCAGCAGCACCAGACAGCUGCUGGCCAACAACGGAGGCGAUGCGGUGCCGCCCUCGCAGGAUAAGGCGGUGCCGCUUUGAGACAUGUGGUCUGUCCUGUCCGGGCAGGACCGAGCACUGCGCUCGGUCCUGUCUGGGCAGGACAGGGCCCCUGGGUCUGCUGUGGCGGGCCAGGAGAGGGCGGUUCAGCUCUGAGCGAGCAUAUCUAACUGCCUAUCCAGAAGUGGUUUAUACUUGCAUUUAGAAGUGUAUGUGGUGGCUCUCUAUUGCAUUUAAAAUACCUCUGUCAAGGGGUACUCAACUAUUGUGAUCAAAAUACUGUGUAUGUAUUGUACAUGUUGCUUGUUUAUUAUGUAGGUAUUGUAGGUAUUAUUAUUAUAUUAUUCUUAUCACUUCACUAUAGUCCUGUUUUCCUAUGAAUUGCUUGAACUAUUAAGAAAGCAUAGAGUAAGUAGCUUCUUUGUGUUUAAAAUUUGUGAAUGAAUUAUGUCAAGUAUUUUAUCAUACCAUGAAAAGUGUUGUCAUAAACUUAUGUUAAGUAUUACUCAUUAAUAGAUUCUCCAGCACAAAUUUGUAAAUUCAUAAUGUGAGCCUUUCUUUGCCGCCUUAAGAAAGUCUACCAUAUUAUUAUUGUUAUUCUUCUGUGAGGAAGAGAAAAGUUUAAGAAUACUCAAACUUGCCAAUCUCAAAGUGACCACUUUCCUAGUCAAUCUUAACAGCCAAGUUGCUGCCUUCAUAGCAUCAUCACAUUUGUUUUCGUGUCAGAUGUUAAAAUUUUAUUUUUUAAAUAUUAUCCUGCAUACUGUCAGGUGUGAUAAGAAACAGUAUUUUUAGAACAAAAAUCAAACAAACAACAAAACCUUAGUACUGCAAUAAAUAUUAUUCUGUACUAGACAGUA